UCGGAAGGUGGAGUGGAUGUGGACUAGGCGUGGUGGACUUUGAGAUACGACCCGUCUUAAAAGCCCGGAUGGUCGUUAAGUCGGGCCAGUCCGUCGUAAGAGAGGGAGUGGUUGCGACGGUCGGGUAGUUCGUAUAAGACUACUGGUUCCCGCUGUGCAAUUUAGGACUUCAAGAAUUCAAGACGGUCGGGACUUUGAAGAUAUUGUGAUGUGAACUUGUGGGUGAUAAGAAUUUCCUACUACUAUUACUACAACUACUACUGCUACUACUACUACUACGAAGCUAUGAGAUGGCCUGAUGACAACUCUGAUGAUGCCGAGCGAUUACGGUGUGGAGAUGUUCCUCGGCUCUUCCCCCGUUCUUACCUCGGGCUACCUCGCCUCCCAGCCCUUCAUCCAUGACUACCCUCGCCUGACGCCCCUGCAGACUGCCCCCACCACCCUCCAGGCCACUCCGCUGCAGGCCAACCCCCUCCACUCCUUCUGGGGCUCCGGCAACCAGUCAUGCAGCGCGAUGGUCAACAGUAACGCCUUUAGGAGUACCCUCGAGACCAGCACUCAGUUGAGCUGCUCGUCGGCCUACGCAAACGGGAUUGGUGCCAGGAACAGCUUCAGGUCCAAAAUUCGCCGUUCGCCCCCCAAAAAGAAAUUGGACACACCGACCUUGCAGCUCCAGCCGAUCAAGUCCUGCCUCGUUGCCCGCCAAGACGAGGCCGAGCUGGAGCUGGGCGCCAUCUCCCCCACCAGACUAAAGAAGAAGGUGGUCUUCGCCGACACCCAGGGUCACCCGCUUACGGAGAUCCGGGUCCUCACAGAGCGUCCAGACUGCCCCCCGAGAUGGACCCCGGACUUCCUCGAGCAGGUGACCGGGGGCGCCAAGGCCGAGGCUGUGGCGGACCAGUGGGAGUUGGCCUUCGCUCAACCCGCCUCUGACUACAUGGGGAUGAAGGCGCGGUUGGAGCGGGAUAACGUGUGUGUAGAGAAUGUUAUGAUCAAGGAGGCAGAGGGCAAGAUCACCGGAACAGUCAAGGUUCGAAAUCUCUCCUUCAACAAGUCGGUGAAGGCUAGGUACACCGUCAACAACUGGACUGCCUGUGAGGACGUCGAGGCCGACUACGUCCCCUCCAAGACCACGGCCACGGGCGCUUCCUACGACAUCUACGACACCUUCACCUUCAACAUACCGCUGCCCGUGACCUCGCUCGCAGACAAGAUCGAGUUCUGCGUCUGCUACAACUGCGACGGCGCGGAGUUCUGGGAUAACAACAACAGCAAGAACUACGUCGUUGUGUCCUUCAGGCCCAAGUCGAAGCCACUGGAAGGAAAGCCCAAGGAUGUUUACGACGUGCAGAUCGAUGCGUGGAGUGAGUUCGCGUCCUGGAACCAUCUGAACAUCAAUGAUUCGCCCUACUGGUGAGGGUCCCGCGGCGAGAAAGACGAGGGAUCAUCACGCCAAGACUAGAAGAAGGAGGAGGAGGAGAUGAUUUUAUGAUGCUGAAACGGAACGAGACACGGAUGAGACGAGAUGACUACGUGGGGUUUUGGAUGGAAGGCGGGUGAAGGAAAGAGAAAGAAGAGAUGAUAUAAGGAAAGGAAAUGGAUGAAAAGAAGACAAAAACGGAUUAUAGAAGAUGGGUGAAGGAAAGGGUUAGAAGGAAGCAAAAAGGAAUGAAGAAAAUGAAGUUCAGGAAAAGCGCAAAGAGAAGCUGAAAUGAAAGGUUGAAAAGAAAUCGCAAAAACGCAAAAAACGCAAGAUUGUGGAAAGACGGGCGAAGGAAAGAGUUUGAACGAAGAGGAUAAAAGAAAGGAAAUGGAAGGAGGUGCAAAUGGCCGAGAUGCGAGGUUAAGGAAGACAGGAGGAAGAAAACGAAUUUGAAAAGGAAAUAUUGGAAAGAGAAAGAAAGAAGAGAGAAGAGAGUUGAGCCGGUUGAAGUGACACAGAAGAAAGGAAGGUGAUAGAGGAAGAGUGAAAAGGAGAAAAAUAGAAGAGGUGAUUGAAGUGACUUGAUUGAAACUUAACUAAAGGAAAUGAAGAUGGAAGGGAUGAUGCUUUUCUGUGUCAGUGGAAUCCAAGUCUUUUUUUAGAUUCGCACACACGCAAAAAAAAAAAAAACUGGAUGAAAAAAAUGAAAAUGGAAAAGACUGACGAAAAUGAAACUUAAGAAAGAGAAAAUGAAAACUUGAAAUAAAUAAAAAUAAGAAGAAACAAAAAAUGAACAGAGGAAAUUUGAGACGGAGAAAGAGAGAGAGAGAUAAGAGACAGGAGGGGAAAAAAAUCUACACAAAGUGACUUGAAACGAGAAAGAUAAAUAUAGAUAAAGAGAGAUAGAGAUAGAGAAGCAUACCCUAACAUACAUACAUACAUACAUACAUACAUAUAAAGGAAGAAACAAAUGUAUGUAUGUAUAUUUAGAAUCCCAACCAGCCUGAUUUUAAUGAUAGUUUAGCCGCGGUGUGUGUGUGUGUGUGUGUGUGUGCGUGUGUGUGUGUGUGUGUGUGUGUGUGUGUGUGUUGGCGGUGCUAUUCGGUGUAACAUAACGUAACACACACACGACGAAUCUUGCUCUUGUGUUAAGUUAACGUAGUUUUGUUCAGCGUUUUGCGUAGUGGCGAGAUAUUUCGUUAAAGUGUUAUGGAAGAGGAGGAGGAGGAGGAGGAGAUAGCGAAGAAGAGAAGGAGAGGAAUAAGAGGAAAUAGUAAUAAAUUUUCCUCUAGUAAUGAGUCUAGAAAAUUACAUACGAAAAAAAGAAGAAAUAGAAGAGGAAGAAAAAGAUGAAAAUAGUUGAAUAGAAUGAAAAAAAAAAUUGACUGAAGGAGAGGAGGAGGAGGAGGAGGAAAAUAGAUGAUGAUGAAGAUAGAAAGAAAGAAAAGAAAUAUUAGAAAACUCAAAAGUGCAGUUCAUGUGUUUUUUUUGUCUAUAUUUUACACACACACACACACACACACACACACACACACACACACACACACACACACACACACACACACACACACAGAUGAUGCAGUAGUUGUGAUUGUGAAAAUAGAUAAAGAAAAAUAAACUUGCAAAAAAAAUAUAAGAAAUUAAAGCACUCGUACGAUGGACCAACAACCUAAAUAAAGAAAGAAAAGAAAAAGAUCGUAAAUUUAAAGAAAGAGUAAGAAAAGAAAAAGAUCGUAAAUUUAAAGAAAGAAGAAAGAAAUAAAGAAAGCAAAGAAAGUCUGCUGAAAAUUAUCAAAUCCAUAGACCAAAAAAAUUAAAAUCGACAUCCACGAAAUAUGAAAAACAAAAGAAAAUCAGAGAAAACAAAAACUGGAACAGAAAACACAAAAGAAAAACUGGACUGGUAGUGGCAAAGAGAGAAAGAAAGAAAGAAAGAAAAAGAAAGAAAAAGAAAACAUUGAUAAAAGUGGUGAACAAAACAAAAGAAAGAAAACAACAAGAACGUGAAAGUGAAUGAAAAAGAGAAAGUGAAAGAAAGAGAGAGAAAUGAUCAAGUCAACUUCGCCUCCAAGAAGAAGAAGAAGAGGAGGAGGAGGAGAACUAGGAAGAGGAAGGGGAGGAGGAGGUAUGACAGGGUUACCUCCACCGUGCCUCUCCCUCCCUCCCUCCCUCCUACGUUCCCUCCAUCCCUCCACAUAAGGCACAGAAGAAGGAAGGAAGGAAGGGCAGCUCAGAAGUCGUCGGUCGUCCAUAUUGAGACAGCAGCGAUGAUAUAGAAUUUGUGAAGCUACUAGUCGUUCAUCGCAAGGAUCUGAGUGAUGACCCAAGGUGAUGACCCGCGCUGACCUGACCUGACCUGACCUGACCUCACAUCCGACCAUCACCACUACUCAAAUUUCAUCAUCACAAAUGCCACUACCACCACCAAGAUCGUUACGGAGGAUUAACCACCACCACAACCACAACCACCCACCGCUGAUCUGGCCCGACCCAAAACUACGCAAGGAAGAGAAGAUGAAGGAGAAGAAGAGAAAGAGGAGGAAGAAAACGUAUAUACCCACCUCCUCCACCACUACCACCAACAACAACAACACGAGUAGAAACCGCAACGAGAAGAACUUGAACUUGAACUUGAAGAACACGACGAAGAAACCACGAAGAAGAAACGAAGAAAACAAGAACGAGAACUGGGAAACAUAUAACCACCACCACCACCACCACCAUUACUACAUAUUGAAGAACCAGAGAGAGAGAGAGAGAGAGACUAAUACCACACCACCACCAUCACCACCACCACGCCUUCAGUGCCUCAGAAGAAGCAGAAGCCCAACACUACACGCCUUCCUCCCCACACGCCCUUCCUCCCCACGCCUUUCCCAUUGCCAGAGAAGACUUAGAAGGGCUUUGGAAGGAAGGGCGUUGAAGGAGGAGCGUGUCAAAUAAGGCUUUUGGUGUUGUGAGUUGAGAAGGAAAGAAAGAAAGGAAGAAAGAAAGAAAGACAGGAAGGAAGAAAAAAGGAGAGAAGGAAAAGGUGAUGAAAAUGGGAAGUGAGCGAGUGAGCGAGUGAUUUGGAGUUUAAUUAAAGAGGAAGAAAGGGAAGAAAAUGAAGGAUAGAGAAAAUAUAAUGAAAAGAGAAGGAAAAUAAUGAAAAAGAAUGAAAAUAUAUAUAAUGAAAAGGCAAUAAAUAGGGAAAACUAAUGAUGAUGUUUACUAUAAUAGGAAGGUGAUCUUACUAUUAUUAAUGAUAGUAAUUGCAUAGUCCCAUCACCACUACCACCACCACCACCACCACGAUCACAACCACACCAUAAUUCGUCUGUGAUACAUGAAAGAAAAAGAAUAAAAGGAGAUGAAGAAAAUAAAAAAAAGCAGGUGAUGUGAUAAUGAAGAAUAUAAUGAUGAUGAUGAUGAUGACAAAGAAAAUACAGUGGGAGAAAAAUGGUGUUGGUGGUGAUUGUGAUGAUGGUGAUGGUGAUGAUGAGAAGAUAGAGAGGGAGAGAGAAACAAAGGUAUAAAAAUGAUAGAGAGAAAAAGACAGACAGUGAUAAAUAUGGAAAGAGGAGGAAAAGAGAGAAGAAGAGGAAGAGGAGGAAAAGAGGAGAAGGAGUUGAAAUGAAAAUGAUAAAAAGAGAGAAAAACAGACUGACAGAUGGAAAAGAGGGAAGAAAAAGAAGAAGAGGAGGAGGAGGAAAGAGAGAUGAAGACAAAAAAAUACCACAGAAAGAGAUAAAGAGGAGGGAAGAAGAAGAAGAAAAAGAAAGGAGAGACAAACGAAGACACACAAAAAAAUGAAUUACCAGAAAAAAAAGAGAUGAAAAAAAGAUGUUAGAGGAGACAGAGAGGUGGAAAGGAGGAAAGAAAGAAGAGUACAGUAGAAGACAUGGAUAAAGAGAGAGAGAGAGGGAGGGAGGGAGGUGCAGGCGAGUGUUCCGUACCGUUCCGCUGCAUUGUGUUCCGUUCAAAGUGUUUAUAUUAUCUCUUAUGUGUUAUCCUCAUGUGCAAUACAAGGCCACUGCUUCUCUCCACUCCCCCGGGCGACCCUUCCCUUCCCCUGCCCUCCCCAGCAUCCCCUUACCUCUCAACCCCUUCCUCUCUUCCCCAUCCUCAGUUUAUCUCCCUUCUUCCCCUUUCUCCAGCAUCCCUUUAUCUCUUACCCCCUUCCUCUCUUCCAUUACAGCCUCCCUAUCUCUCAGUUCCUCUCCCUUCUCCUCCUUCUCUUCCCCAGCAUCCCCUUAUCUCUCUCUCACUCCCUUAUCCUUCCCUUACAGCUUCCCUAUCUCUCUGUUCCUCUCCCUUCUUCCCCUUCUCUCCCCAGCAUCGCUUUACAUAUCUCUCCUUCCUUCCCUUCCUCCCCUUACAGUCUCCCACUUCUCUCCUCCCCCUUCCCUCCCUUCCCUUCCCCUGCAAUCCUCUACUCUCUCCCCUCUCCUUUCCUUCCCCUUACCCAUGUCUCCCUACCCUCAAUACAUCUUCCCUUUCAUAUCCUUACCUGACCUUACCUGACCCUACCUGUUAAUGAGUUUACCUGGCUUAUCUACACCCCUCCCGUACACCUUACCUUACAUAUCCUUACCUUACCUAACAUGACCUGAUAAUUUACCUAUCUUGCCCACCUGGUGCUCGGCGUUCCCCUGGGCACCUGGCGGGCACACGGGGGAGGGCUUACCUAAGGGGAGCGGCGCCCCUGGGAGGAGGGAGGCAGGUGACGGGCAGGUGAAGACAGGUGUCACGUGUGGGUCGUCGCUUCACCUGUUGACCAAUGAGAGUCUUGGUUAGCUUGUUAGAGGCUAAGUGGUACAAAUCAUUACUAUUCUUUACUAUUUUACUAUGUUAUUAUUCUAUGUUUUUAGUUUGUCUGAAUCCCACCAACACGCCCCUCCCACACCCACACCCACCCACACCCACACACAACCCAUGCUCACUCGCAGCCCCACCCUCAACUUUUACUGUUUUACUAUGAUGUGUUGAGUUUAUUUGAACCCACCAACACACCCUCACACCCACACCUCCCCCCACACCCAGACCCACCCAUGCCCACCCAUAUCCAGACUCACCCAUUCAGUUACUAUGCUAUGUUGUUAUGAUAUGUUGAGUUGAUUGAACCCACCAAAACACACACAUACACACACACACUUAAACCCUUCCACUACUAACACAUUCAAGUACCCACCCACUAACACUAACCCAUCCACGUCUUCCUACUCCACCCACCUACCCACUUACCCACCGUAGUCCCCUUUCCACGCAUCCAUCCACUCGUCCAUCCUUAGCUAGUGAGAUUGAGAGAGAGAACGAAAGAGGGAGAGAGAGAGAGUUAAUGAUAAGUCUUUUGCUAACACGAAAAUGGGAGAUAGAGAGAGAAUGAGAGGGAGAGAAAGAGAGAGCGAGAGAGUGUUAUGCCUUCUGUUAACACGAAAAUAAAAGAGAGAGAAAGAGGGAGAAAAAAAAGAGAAUGAGAGAGAGAGAGAGAGUUAAUGAUAAGUCUUUUGCUAACACGAAAAUGGGAGAUAGAGAGAGAAAAGAGAGAAUGAGAGGGAGAGGAAGAGAGUGUUAUGCCUUUUGCUAUCACGAAAAUAAGAAAGAGAGAAAGAAAGAAAGAAAGAAAGAAAGGGAGAGAAAAGAGGUAGCAAAAAGACUGAAGUAGCUAUCACGGAAGAAGAAGAAAACUGGGUCACCGCGCAGUCCUUUCCUUCAGAACAGACAACAACAAACAGCAACAACCUUCUGAUAAAUUGGAGAGCGAGUAUAUCAGUCCUUCAGAGCUUCCUUUCCUUCUCCCCUUCCCGUUCCCCGCAAUGCACUAUCAGAAACGGCAUUAUCAGGAGGGAGAGGAAGGAAACACACACACACACACACACACGUACACAUAUACACACACGCUAUCUUAGACUCGAGGGUAAAAAUUAAUGCUAUAUGCGUGUGUGUGUGUGUGUGUGUGCUUGAGGGGAAAGAAAGUGAGCUCUCGUGGAAAUAUAUGUGUGUGUGUGUUUGUGUGAGAGCUUGCGAAAGUGUUGAUGUUGAUGUUGCUAGUGUUGUCCGCUCAAGGAAAGCGCUCACGGAUGUAAUUCUGAAGCAAUGUUGCCAAGUUAUCGUACUCAAAACACCGCAUUCAUCAGUUCCAGGGCCCAAAACUGUCCUAGCCACACAGAUAACGAGAUUCCAGUUAAAGUUCUCGUUAAAAGCGUUACUUAUCGGCGUUUGUUUGCGAUAGCUGUGACUCGGAACCGGAAAAUGCGAUGUGCUGAGUGCCUGAGUACGAUAAUUUGUUAACCCUGCUCUGAAGUCCUUGAAUUUGGAGGAAGGAAAGUGUUAAAAGCUGACUGACUCCCAAGCGAUGAUAUGGACGAGGAGAUGGAAGGCUCUUUGGUGGACGAGAGAGAGAGAGAGAGAGAGAGAGAGAGAGAGAGAGAGAGACUGACUGACUAACCAACUCUUCCCUUCACUGAGGCAGCUGAGAGAGAAAGAUAGAUAGAUAGAUAGAGAGAGAGAGAGGCCUUGAUUGAAAAGCCUACAGCCGGCAGUCGAUGUGUGUGUGUGUGUGCGUGUGUGUGUGUGUGUUUUAUGUAUGCAUGUACGUAUAUAUGUGUUUCUAUAUAUAUGUAUGUAUGCUACUAACCGUACGAUAGGUAGCUAACUCACAUUUGUAUACAUUUUCCCAUCCUUUUCCUUCCCUUCCCUUCCCUUGCCAUUCCUUUAAUCUCAUCCCUUUCCUUCCCUUCCCUUCCCUUCCCAUUCCUUUAAUCUCAUCCCUUCCCUUCCCUUCCCUUCCUUUCCCUUUCCCUUCCCAUUCCUUUAAUCUCAUCCACUCCCUUCCCUUCCCAUCCCUUUAACCUCAUUCCCUUCCUUUCCCAUCCCUUUUAACCCUCUUAUCCCUUCCCUUCCCAUCCCUUACCUUUAACUCCCUCUCUCCUUCCCAUCCCAUCCCUUACCUUCCCUUACCUUUAACUCCCUCAUCCCUAUCCCUUCCUAUCCCUUAACCCCUUCCCAUCCCAUCCCUUCUAACUUCCCCAUCCCAGUAAUGAUAACAAUGAUGAUGAUAAUGAUAACACGUCUACGAAUCAGUGGAUAUGAAUACUAAUCUUGCAUCACGUAUCUAUGUAUCUUCCAUGUAUGAUGAUAAGACAACACAUUAUGAAUAGAUUAUAAGAGUUUUUUCAUUAAUUCCUCUUCUACGUAAGGAAUUGUGAACCUCUUAGUAAACCUCUUCAAACCCCACGAACACUCUUUCUUGAUCCUCUUUCUUCUCUGUCUUUCACCCCAAAACUCCUCUUCAUCUUCUACGUAAGGGAUUGUGAACCUCUUAGUAAACCUCUUCAAACCCCACGAACACUCUUUCUUGAUCCUCUUUCUUCUCUGUCUUUCACCUCAAAACUCCUCUUCAUCUUCUACGUAAGGGAUUGUGAACCUCUUAGUAAACCUCUUCAAACCCCACGAACACUCUUUCUUGAUCUUCUUUCUUCCGUCUUUCAUCUCAAAACUCCCCUUCAUCUUUUACGUAAGGGAUUGUGAACCUCUUUAAACUCCCUCAGAUCCCCUCUCCUGAUCCCUUUCUUCCCUGUCUUUCAUCUCAAAACUCCCCUUCAUCUUCUGCGUAAGGGAUUGGACACAGAAAUAGAAAGGGUCGUAAAGGGAAGAUGAGCAGAAUGAGCUGAAAGGGAGUGUGAACCUCUUAGUAAACCUCUUCAAACCCUUUCUUCCCUGUCUUGCAUCUCAUAACUCCCCUUCAUCUUCUACGUAAGGGAUUGUGAACCUCUUUAAACUCCCUCAGAUCCCCUCUCUUGAUCCCUUUCUUCCCUGUCUUGCAUCUCAUAACUUCCCUUCAUCUUCUACGUAAGGGAUUGGACACAGAAAUAGAAAGGGUCGUAAAGGGAGAGUAGAAAGGAUUCGGGAAAUGGAAAGGAUUAUAAAAGGAUUGUGUAGAGUCUUAGUGGUAGACAGGGAGGGAGAAAUAUAGAGUAUGAGGCUAGUAUUUUUUUUAUACUGUAGUCUGGCCUCCUCUUGUGCUGUUCCCUGCCCCAUACACACAUACACUCCCUUCAAAAACGCUCCUGACCUGACCUGACCUUUCUAGCCGAAUGUGACCUUUACCUGACCUUUCUAGCCUAAUGUGACCUUUACCUGACCUUUCUAGCUUAAUGUGACCUUUACCUGACCUUUCUAGCCUAAUGUGACCUUUACCUGUAUCCCGCCUGACCUUACCUCACCUUACAUUACCUAACCUAAAGUUGCCUACCUAGCUUUACGACCUUUACCUAUAUCCAAGUUGACCUUACCUUACCUUGCCUGAAGUGACCUAAGCUGACCUCUUCCCGUGUCUUACUAGCUCCGGGUCAUCCCCUUAAGUGGCUUCAUUGACCUCUUGGGUAGUACUGCUGACCUUACCUUACCUAAAGUGACCUAAGCUGACCUCUACCUGUGUCUUAGUAAUCCCUAACCUAACCUGACCUUACCUUACCUAACUUAACCUAACCUUACCUUACCUUACCUAACUUAACCUAACCUUACCUUACCUUACCUAACUUAACCUAACCUUACCUUACCUAACCUGACCUAACCUGACCUUACCGAAAGUGACCUAAGUUAACCGUGACCUCUUCCAAUAUAGCUAAGUCGCCCUUGGAAGCGGUCACCUGUAUACACCUGUCGAUGUUACAUUAAUUACCUUACCAUAAUUAACUAGCACGCACGGUCGACUUAAGAUAUUAUUACUGAUGAGGGAUUGUCGACCAGGUUGUGUGUGUGUGUGUGUGCGUGCGUUUGUGUGUUAAGGUGUCAUAUUCUAGAGGUCCUUAAAAUGAUAGUGAUGAUGAUGAUGACGAUGAUGAUAAUGAUGAUGUUACUAGUAUCGUUAGUAUUAUCAAUUAUGCUCUACUACUACUACUAUUACUAUUAUUGUAUGAGUAAUGAUAUGAAAUGCCUACUAUGAUUAUAUGUAUGUAUUUAUGUAUGCAUGAAGCUAUGUGUGUAUGUAUGUAUGUAUGCAGAGGUAGAUAAGCCAGAUCUAUUGUCAUAUAUACAUGUAUAAUACUAUUUUUAUGUCGAGGCCAUACAUACAUACAUACAUACAUGCAUACACACGUAGACACAGUAAUGAGAAGCCUUAAUGAGCUGUACAUACAUAGACAUACACAUAUGUAUACUCACACAUGUAUACACUCACUAAGUACCCGAAACGUCCACUAUGAUGUCCGUUCGUCGCCGUACUUACGGGUAGAGUUGACGGCGCCGAAGCAGGAGGAGGAGGAGGAGGAAGAGGAAGCGCUGGAGGAGGAGGAGGAGGAGGUGGAAGAGCUGGAGCUGGAGGAGGAGGAGGAGCGCGCCGCCGCCGUCGUGCAACCAAGAAACACCGCCAGGACGUGAUAUUAGCCAAGGUCUCGCUGCUUGUCCGCGUCCUCGUGUCGUCUCGACCUCGUCCUCGUGUCCUGUGAAGGGGAGGGCGUGCUGGUGGUGGCUGGGGAGGCUGUGUUGUGAGGGAGGGGGGAGGGGGGCAGUGGAGUGGGUGGUGGAGGGUGGGUGUGUUGGUCGCCGGGCACUCCGUCUCAUCGCUCAAGGAGUAGCUGUUGGUAGUGUAGGUGUAGGCGUAGCGGCCCGCGGGUGUUGAUACACUUAUAUAUAUAUAUUAUUAAUAUUAUUAUUACUACUACUACUGUGCCGCGUAUCAACUCUCUCUCCGCCUUAAGCGAUGCACGACACGCGCGUUGGCCGGGGCGCGGCGCGUGUCGUGUCGUGUCGUCUGUGCCAAACUGUCACGAGGAAUUACAGAAACAAAAUGUCUAUUUUUUGUGUGCGUGCGUGCGUGUGUGACGGGCGGCGGGCAGCGGCGGGCGGGGCGAGCCUCGCCGCACACCGCGUUGCUCAACGUGUCCAGAGUUCCUCGGCGAGGGUGUCCUGCCCCGCCCCGCGGCGGCCCGGCGGGGGAGGCGCCGGGGCCGCGCCCCCCGCCCCCCUGCGCCGCCACGCCCACAGGACCUUACCGCUGCUAUGUAGUUCGUAAGAGGAACAACAUCGCCAGUGUUGCUGUUAUUAAUGUGUUUUAACAUUGGAUGACGCUGCCGUGCCUGGCGGCCCCGGGGGGCGGGGCGGGGGCCGGGGCGCGGCACCCCGGGCGUGGCUGGCGCCCACAUUUGUAUAUUUUCUUGGUUGUGUUGAUUUCCUCCGUGAGGUCGGGGGCGGCGCCCCCGCUAACCCCGCCUCAAGAAAUCGUAUUCUUAAACCUUGUAAUUAUCUUGAAUUCUUAGCCACGUGAAAAAUUGUAAUUAUUUUAUAUUGCACGAUAUUUUACGAUUUUUGCAAACAUCUAAUAAAUACAUGAAUGUGCCUA